AUGAGACAACUAUCUGCAAAACCCAUAUUAACCCUCUCCCAUUUCACUACCAGAACCCAAAAUUUUUUCCAGAAAUCACACAUUUUACCUUUCUCCACGGAUAGCCAUCAAAACCCCUUCCCGAGUCACCAAUCGCGGCGGCCUACGGCGGAGGAUAGCCGCAACGUCCGCGUGUCGGUGUGGUGGGAUUUCGAGAACUGCAAUUUGCCGCUGAACACAAAUGUAUUUAGGGUGUCGCAGAGCAUUUUCAAUGCGGUGAGGGCAAAUGGAAUGAAGGGGCCGCUGCAGAUUACGGCGUUCGGGGACAUAAUGCAGAUCUCGAGGACCAAUCAGCAAGCUCUUUCUUCUAAUGGGAUCACUCUCAUCCAUGUUCCUUCUGGUGGCAAAAACAGUGCCGAUCGAUCCCUCCUAAUCCAUCUCAUGAGUUGGGUCUCUCGAAACCCUCCCCCGGCCCACAUCUUCCUAAUCUCUGGGGAUAGCGAUUUUUCGGACAUUUUGCACCGUCUGAGGAUGGAAAAUUACAAUAUAUUGCUCGCCAGUCCCGAUACUGCCCCUAGCGUGUUAUGCAGUGCCGCAACUAUUAUGUGGCAGUGGAGCUCUUUGCUUAAAGGUGAAAAUCUAACGGGAAAGCUUUUCAACCAGCCGCCCGAUGGCCCUUUUAAUUCUUGUUACGGGCACUACCGGGCCCCACUUGAGGACCCGUUUGCAUCUACUGAGCAAAACCCGUGCCUUACUACUAGCGCCGAUGAGCCCAAAAUCCGGCCGAUACCAAAGGCUGUUUCGAAGCUGGUUUCGCAGAUUCUCGACUCGUUUCCCGAUGGAAUCUCUAUGUCGCUCCUCCGCACGGAGUUGUCUAAGAGUAAUUUAGCUAUCGAUAAAGAUUUAUACGGGCACAAGAAAUUUUCUCGUUUUCUUCAGGCCAUGCCUAGUGUUCUGAAGCUUCAUUCUGGGAGUGACGGGAAGUGUACCGUGAAGCGUUUGGGGAAUAAUAAGUGUCUCGAUGAGCAUGUUUCAAGUGCAUAUGCAGAAUCUGAUAUUGGAAGUGAUGAGAGCAGUUGUAUUGAUAAUGUGACUGAGAAGUCGAUAAUACCCCCGGCUCUGGAACCCAAAUCUUUGUCAGCGAACUUUUUCGAGGCUCGGAAGGAAGAAAAUCAGAAUGAUUUGUAUUCAACGACGGUCGUGCAAGAGACGAAAACCAAUGCUCCUCAUCCUGUGAAUUCACAAGAAAAGAAAAAGGAGGAAAAAUGGAAGGAGAUUAUAACGAGAAGAACAGCUCAAGAGGUAAGAGAGCAGGAUAAGAAAGUGAAAAUUUCAGAGCAGCCAGAGAAAGUUGUGGGUGACGAAAUUAAAGAAUUUCCCGUAAAGAAUGAGAAUCAAGUGCCUGUGGUAAAUAAUUCAGAACUUGGAAUCAUGAGAAGGAUAUGGAUAGUGUUGUUUGGGAGUGGAGAUGAAGAUUCUAAUCGUGAAAACUUUCAGAAAAAUGGCGGGAAAGAUACUACUUGCGAUAAAGCUAUUAAUUGGAACCAACCUUACGAGCUUGUGCGUCCUGCUUUGUUUUCGCCUUCGAGUCACGAAGCUCUGAUUUAUAGGAAAAAUGCUGGGCCUUGUGAUGUUGAUGUUGCUGAUGUAUCCAGUCAAGAUGCCAGCUUAUUCAAUCAGAUCAUGAGCUGGUUUAAAUUUUCUAGUUCUAAGGAAAAUGAUAAUAAAUUUGAAAAAGGUGGUGAAACUGCUGCUACAAUGAAGGUUGAUGCUAAUCAACUUGAGAUUUUUUCCAGGGAGUCCUUUUGGAAGGAAUUGGAAUCGUUUAUAGACACACCAGAAGGGGUGGCUAGUAUUUCCCUGUCAAGGAACAGGGAUAAACUAGCACAAAAUCUACAAAAACAGGGGCCUCCCUCUCUACAAUCUCUCUCUAAAACCGAACUCCUCCACCUAGUCGACCUCUUGAUCUCCCACAAGAAAUGGGUCGAGGAAUGUAGCUCCCGGACAUACCCGUUCCAACUCACUCGCCCGCCCGCCAUGAACAACGGGCUGAGUCAAAUCUUUUCUGCCAAACACCCGAGCCCUCCUGAACCCGGGGAGAGAAAGCACCAGAACAACCCUCCCCACACAGGAGUCUCACCACAGCACACAGUUCAUAAAAACCUUUCGACCAAAACAAGAAGUGAGCUAUUAGCCGACUGCCAGAAGCUCGUGGACCAUAUCGUGAAGGAAUAUCCCGAAGGUUUUAACUUGGGUUCCUUUAGGAAACUGUUUCUUGAAAGAAAUGGUUACAGACUCCACCUCCAGAAGCUUGGCUAUGAGAAACUGGUGAAUCUCCUGCAGAUCAUGCCUGGCGUGAAAAUCGAGUCCAACUUAAUUUUUCCGGCUGGGCCAUUCAAGCGCCCUAGCCCGCCACAAAAAAGCUCCGGCAGCAAGAAAGACAACGAUUCUGACUCUUCGUGGGAUGAGCUGGGCCCAGUUGAUGAUUCGAUUUCGGGCCGUAAUAAGGGGAAGAGUGGUCACGGUUAUGAUCCGGUGAGGGACGAAGAUUUCUCGGACUCUGAAGACGAGGAAUUGGGAAACGAGGCAAAACCAAAGCCUGAGGAGGAAAGCUCGUUGCUGCAAAUUCUUGAUACAUGGUAUGGCAACAAAGGCUGUGAUGGCAAGAAAGGCGAGCCCGCGGGCCCCGACGUGUCUGCUGACGGAGGCGGGCCUAACACCAAGUCGCUUGGUGGGCAGACAGGCCCGGGACUGAGGAGCGAGAAUCAGGAUGUGGGCCCCACAAAGAAAUACAAGCCCAGCAAGAGCUACUCGUUUGUGUCUGAACAACAGCCGAAGCAGCAGCAGCAGCAUGUUGAUAGCAAAGACGAGCUGGUGGAGGGUAUAUUGGUCAGCUUGAAAAAAUCUGGCGAGAGAUCGAAUGUUGAAUCGAGGGUUUUCGGAUGA